AUGGCAUCAUCGACAACACUUCCAAUACGAAACGAAUCGCGCUUAAACGGUCAACAAGGACAAUAUUUAGUAGCAACAACAAAUCAAACAGGUGGUGAAACCAAUGGAAACCAAACAACAGGAAGAGUUAUUAUUGCGAAAGCACAUCCACCAAGUCAAAAUUCACAAAUAAAUCAAAAUUCAAAUAAUAUUUCUGGUCCUGUUCAAUUUCAAUUUAAUUCAAGUGAUGGAACACUUUAUACAGGAACUAAUUCAUUUUUUCAACCCCAAUCAUCAAAUGCAUCAUCGGAUAGUUUUUCUCAUCAUAUAUUAUCAUGUACUGGAGGAUAUUUUGUUCCAUCAUUAGAAAGUGGUUCACAACCAUUAACACAUACAACACGAGCAUCACCAGCAACAGUUCAAUGGUUAGUUGAUAAUUUUGAACCAGCUGAAGGUUGUUCACUUCGUCGUUCAACAUUAUAUUCAUUUUAUUUACAACAUUGUUCAGAACAAAAAUUAGAAGCUGUUAAUCCGGCAUCAUUUGGAAAAUUAAUUCGAUCAGUAUUUCUUGGUCUUCGUACUCGUCGUUUAGGUACAAGAGGAAAUUCUAAAUAUCAUUAUUAUGGAAUACGUGUUAAACAAAAUUCAUCAUUAAAUGCUUUUUCGGAUGAACAUGGUGGUUUAACAUUUCGAGGUAAUAAUGCAUUUGCUAAUUUUAAAAAUCGUCGUUGGUCAACAUCAAAUGAUGGUUCAUCACCAGAAAAUAAACCAAAUAUAAAUGAUCAAUCAUAUUCAUCACAAUCAGAAUCAACAUUAUCACAAACAGAUACAAAACAAUUUUUACAUGAAAAUAAUUCAUUUAUUAUUAAUGAAAAUAUUCAAAUUGAUUCAAAUAUUCAAUUACCUGAUGGGAUUACACAAGAUGAUAUUAAACGUUUUGAAAAUAUUUAUAAAGAUCAUUGUCUUGUAAAUUUAAUAAUUUUAUUUUUUCUUCUUUUCUUCUUUUUAAUUUAA